AUGUCUUUUUCGGUGACAUGUUUGCUAAAAAAACAAAAUCGAUUACUGACUACAAUAAGUGUAAGGCACAGAAGUCAACGUAGAAAUUUAGGGAAACCUCCUGGUAUUGCAAAAACACUCGAAGAGAGAAUGGAAGAAAUUAACUUCAAAGAUCCAAAAAUUCACUUUAAAGUUGACAUUGGAUUACCUACACCGCAGAGGGACAAAAAAAUGGAAACAGCCAAGAGAAUUGAGUUUAUAAAAAAAAUUAAAUGCAAUGCAGAACUUGAAAAACUAUCCAGAAACAAUGAAUUACCUGUAUCAUUGGAUGAAAUAUCUAAUGAAUGGUCAAAAACAAAUGCUCCUUUACAUAUAAAAAAGGUAGCAGAAUAUUAUGGUAUUUUUGAACAUUUAUUUGGAGAUGCCUAUUUUACGCCUUACAUUCAAAUGGAUAUUAGUUAUGAUUACAACUCAAAAAAAGUACCUGUUUAUCGAGGAAAUAUUAUCAAACCAAAUGAGGCGCUGUAUAGUCCGCAAGUUAAUUUUGAAGCUCCUGAAAAGACACUAUGGACAUUAAUGCUUACAAAUCCAGAUGGACAUUUACAUAAAGAAAAUUCUGAAUACAUCCAUUGGCUAGUGGGAAAUAUACCAGAUGGAGAUGUUAAUAGAGGUGAAACAGUGUUUAAUUAUUUACAACCGUUUCCGGCAAAAGGUACAGGAUACCAAAGAAUGAUUUUUGUUCUUUACAAGCAAUCCUCAGAAAUAGAUUUUUCUUCAAUGAAAUCAGUUAGUGAAAAAAUAGAUUUGGCCAAUAGAACAUUUAGCACUUUUGAUUUUUACUGUUCUCAUGAAGAUAUUAUGACACCAGCCGGAUUAGCAUUUUAUCAAACUGAUUGGGACAAUUCAUUGACAACAUUUUAUCAUGAUCAACUAUCAAUGCCAGAACCAGUUUAUGAAUAUGAUUUUCAACCUCCAUAUAUUAAACCACAAAAAUGGUUCCCUCUCAAAGAACCAUUCAAUUUAUACAUGGAUAAGUAUCGCGAUGAAAAACAAAUAGCUAAAGAAUUUUUAUUAAGAAAACUAAGAAAAACACAUCCGUUCCAAAAACCUGAACCUCCCCUAAAGUAUCCAAAUGCAGUGCCAUUCAAGAAAACUACUCCGUCUUGGUUAAAACUUGAGAUGAAAAAAGAACGUUUAAGAUGGGGACGCGUGAAUGAUUACUAA